AUGCAAUCUUUCCAGACCUCCUUCUUGGACCUUGCCUUGGAAUCCCAGGCAUUGAAGUUUGGCCAAUUCACUCUUAAGUCGGGCCGCCAGUCGCCGUACUUUUUCAACUUGGGCUUGUUUAACACCGGAAAGUUGCUCUCGACCUUGGCGUCCGCGUAUGCCCACGCUAUCAUUGCUUCGGGAAUCGAGUUCGACAUUUUGUUUGGCCCUGCUUACAAGGGCAUUCCGUUGGCCGCCAUCACCGUGGCCAAGUUGGCGGAGAUCGAUCCCAAGAAGUACGGAAACACGGGCUACUCUUUCAACAGAAAAGAGAAGAAGGACCACGGCGAAGGUGGCUCGAUUGUAGGCUGUGACUUGACGGGCAAGAAGGUCUUGAUUAUCGACGACGUGAUGACUGCAGGUACGGCUAUCAACGAGGCCUUCACCAUCAUUGGAGCAGAAAAGGGUGAUGUUGUCGGGUGCAUCAUUGCCUUGGACAGACAGGAGACCACUGCGGAUUCCCACCUCUCGGCCACCCAGGUGGUCAGUGUGAAGUACGGUAUUCCAGUGUCGUCCAUUGUAUCGUUGUCCGACAUCAUCUCCUACUUGGCAGACAAGUUGUCUCCAGAAAACUUGGCUGCUAUCAAGGAGUACAGGGCACAGUACGCACCAGCUAUCUAG